AUGGAGAGUAAACCCUAUCCCCACACGUCGGGGCACUUGCCGCCGCUUUCAACUUUGGACUAUGUUCUUUUCUCUAUCACCCUGGCCGUUUCCGCUAUCAUUGGAGUGUUUUACGGUCUGCAAGACCGGAACAAAAAAGGAGCCAGUCACUUUCUCCGGGCCGGUGGCAAGAUGUCCGUGUUUCCAGUGUCCAUGUCGUUGUUGGCUAAUACGUUUUUAGCAACUAUUUCAAAAUAUUUCAAAUUCGUCAUUGCAAAAUCAAUUUUCUCUCACUCUCUUUUCAUUGUUUUUCAUUUUCUUUAUCAUUUUUUCUUUUCUUAUAACCCUCUCGCUUUCCCCAAUUGUUUUUCGUUCUCUUUUUUUUUUUUUACUUCUCUCUUGAUUUCGCUGUUUUUUUUUCUGUUUUUAAUUCUCUUUCUCAUUUUCACCUCCUCAUAUUAUCCCUUCCUCUUAAUUUCCUUUUUCUUUUGGCUUUACGCCCUUUCACUCUCUCAUUCUCUCUCUGUUUCGAUAUCAUUCUUUCUUUCUUUCUUUCUUUCUUUCUUUCUUUCUUUCUUUCUUUCUUUCUUUCUUUCCCCACUCUGUCGUUCUAUCGAGCUUUAUCUUCACUUUCACUUUCUCUUGACUUUUUCUUUUACCCUCUUUUCCACACUGAUAUCCCUCUUCUUACUCUCUUUUUCUAACAUUUUUUUCUAG